AUGAUUUUUUGUACAUUUAUCAAUUACAAUAGUAAUAUGUCAUUAGUAUUGGAUAUUGAUGAUAAUCAAAUGGAAAAAUGUAUUCAGGAAAUACAAAACGGAAAUUGGAAAGAGAUACAAAGUGUACCGGAUGAUAUGAAUAAUAGCAUAACACAAUUUUUUUAUAUUUUUGAAGAACCAUUCGUUCCAAAGAAUGCCGCUUGUUUCAGUAACGAUACAACGGAUGACAUUUAUAACAUAACAAUAGCAUGUAUGAAUUCCAUUGAGCUAUCAGUUGAAUUGAAUAACACAACGGAAUAUUUUGUGAGUUUAUUGCUAUCCAAUUAA